GUAGAAAUUAAACUGAACGUAACAAAAUAUUUUAUUUGAAAAAUGUACAUAAACAAUAAUUUUCUUUCCAUUAUGUGAAAAAUAUAUUCACUGUGCGACAUUCGUUCGAAAUUUCUCUGCAAACUUUGCAGAAGCAUGGCGGACGUAGAUUCUCUGCACGAUUUGAGUUCAGAUCAAAAUGAAGACCAAAGCGCCAUGGAUGCUGACGUUGAAGAGGACGAGGUUUCGGAACGAGGUGGGGAUCCAUCAUCGAGGAAGAAACAUAAAAAGUUUCAGAAGAAGAGACGGCACAAAGACUUAGAGCGAUCCAGUGGGGACUCCGUUACUGAAGACGACGAGGGGAAACCCGAGCUUCUCCCCGUGAUACCCAGUGAAAAAGACCAGCUACAGUCGGGAAUGGAGGCUGAUUACGAGAGUCAGGACACGGCCUCCAAGACUGGGGAGGACAACAAAAAGAAGGCAUCCGCCGGGGCCGAGGGGCCGAUCCCAUCCGACGCCCCAGAGACUUCCAUCUCAGGGCUACAAAAGAUUCAAAAAGCUGUGGAGUUGCUGUCUAUGUCCCACGGUGCACCUAAAAGUUUGGAGGAAGCCACAAAGAAACGAUACAAGUUCUGGGAGACUCAGCCCGUUCCUGAAAUCAAUGAAAAAAUUCAGGAUGUGAACCAAGCCAUUGAGGAGGACAAACCAGACGAGGAAAUCCGGCACGAUUCCUACAGUCUACCAUCAGGCUUUGUUUGGGAUACGCUUGACCUCUUAGACCCACUGAUCCUAAAAGAACUCUACACUCUUUUGAAUGAAAAUUACGUGGAGGAUGACGACAACAUGUUUAGAUUUGAUUACAGUCCAGAGUUUUUACAAUGGGCCCUUCAGCCCCCGGGCUGGAAGAAAGACUGGCACUGUGGGGUGAGGGUGGCUAAAAGUGCAAAGCUUGUGGGCUUCAUCAGUGCUGUACCUGCUUUUAUCAAAAUUUAUGAAAAAAAGAAGCACAUGGUUGAAAUAAAUUUUCUGUGUGUCCACAAAAAACUGCGAUCCAAACGUGUGGCUCCGGUAUUGAUCCGGGAGAUCACAAGGAGAGUCCAUGUCAAGGGGCUGUUCCAGGCGGUGUACACAGCGGGUGUGGUUCUCCCCAAACCUGUCGCCUGUUGCAGGUACUGGCAUAGGUCUCUAAAUCCUAGGAAAUUGAUAGCAGUCAAAUUUUCACAUUUGACGAGAAACAUGACAAUGCAGCGGACGUUAAAGCUGUACAAGUUACCUGAUAACACGAAGACCCCAGGCUUCCGAGCAUUCACACCAGCAGAUGUCUCAGAUACUUUUAAUUUAUUAAGAAAGUUUUUAGACAAGUUUGACUUGUCACCAACCUUUUCAAUGGAAGAAUUCCGUCAUUGGUUUAUCCCAAGGCCUGGAAUUGUGGACACAUAUAUCGUGGAGAGGAAUGGAACGAUUACGGACUUUGUCAGUUUCUACACGCUUCCCUCCACGGUUAUGCAUCAUCCACAACACAAGCUCCUGAAAGCAGCGUAUUCCUUCUACAACGUCAGCACCGUGACCCCCUGGGUAGAUCUGAUGCAAGACGCACUCAUCGUAGCAAAAAAUAUGGGUUUUGAUGUCUUCAAUGCAUUAGACCUUAUGGAGAACAAAGAAUUUUUGGAGAAGUUGAAGUUUGGAAUCGGUGAUGGAAACCUCCAGUAUUAUCUAUAUAACUGGCGAUGUCCCCAAAUGAAUCCUCAUCAGGUUGGACUAGUACUACACUGAGAGUUACACGGAUUAGAUUUCCCAAUUAAUUUAUGAGGAUACAAUGAAUUAAGCUUUUUAAAAAGAAUGAGGGCAAACUAAUCUCCCAGAGACAACAGACCAUGGUGCAGACUCGCAGCGGAAAACCCAGUCCCAUAGUGCUGAGUUUUCGCAACCCAAACCUGAGUGAACAAACCAUUACAAGGAAUUAAACCUUCGCGUGCCAACAGAUUACAUGCAAUCCCUUAUAGGGUAUGAUAUUAUACGGAUCAUGUUUCAUGUGUUUGUUUCCAUUGUACACUUGUAAUACAAUUUUCGGGUCUGCUUUUUUAAUUUAUGGCACAUAUACAUAGUACUUGGUCAUCUGUGCAUGGUACAUAUAGAUAUUACAAUUUGUAUUAUUGAAUCAAUAAAAUUGAAUUACUUUAUUUA